UAUGAAAAAGGCAAAAAGUAUAAGGACAAAUAUAAUAAAUUGUUUGCAAUUAAUUUGUAUCCACCGUGAUGUUAUUUACCUUUAUCGAAUUGUACACGUACGUAGGCAUGUACACGUGGCGAACUUUUAUCGCGAAAUUAAUUUUUACAGCUGGUUUAAAAACUAAAACAGCUUAUCACGUCUAUUUGAAUGUGUGGGUAUGCUCGCGCAUGUCUGUGUAUGAAUCACGGUAUUCAACACCCGUCAAACACAGAUACCGAGGUCCCUUAAUAUUGGCCCGACGACAAGGAGAGAUUUACUUCUUCGUUACAAACGCCGCUGUACGCAUCGUCCGCUUUAAAAUCCAAGCCGUACUCUACAAGAAGCUUGAUCAUGAACAAUAUUAAGAACAAGACUGCUUUGAUCACCGGAGGAGCCAGCGGGCUCGGUUUCGAUUAUGCUCAGAAACUGUUGCAAAAUGGAGCGAAGGCUGUCGCUAUUCUUGAUUUGGCCAGUUCCCCUGGACAAACGACGGCAGCGAAUUUGGAAAAAGAAUUCGGCAAGGGAAAAGCAAUAUUCUGUCCCUGCGACGUCAGCAACGUACAACAAUUGACGGAAGCAUUCAAGAAGGUCUGGAACGCGUUGAACGGUCUGGACAUUGUUAUUAACAAUGCUGGUAUAUGUAACGACACCAAGUGGCAGCAAACUGUUAAUAUCAACGUUACUGGUCUAAUCCAGGGCUCGUUGCUCGCCAUGGAACUCAUGGGCAAACACAAAGGCGGCAAAGGUGGAACUAUUGUGAACAUUUCGUCGAUCGUCGGUUUCCAACUCUUCCCGAUUAUCCCGGUGUACUGUUCCAGUAAAUGGGACGUUAUGGCAUUCAGUCGAUGUCUACAGACUCACUACGAUAACACCGGAGUUCGCGUUCUUGUCAUGUGCCCAGGUGUCACGACGACCAACUUGCUUACAGAACUCGAAAACACUGUUUUUAACUUUGUUAAGCCUGAGGAUGUUCAACAGACGCUCCGCAGUCUGCCAACACAGCCGCCAGAGGUCGUUGGAGAGGCCAUGAUGAACCUAAUCCAGAAAGGCGAGAAUGGAUCCGUCUGGGUCUGCGAAGGAAGUCAAACGCCGUACGCUCUUGAAUUCCCGCCUGUUAAGAAGAUCCCGCUUUUGAUUUACAACAGUUCUAUAAAAGUACACGUGCAGUACGAUAAAAAAAAAAUGCAAAUCAAAGAUAAAAGGGUGAUGGUGACAGGAGGUGCAAGCUGCCUGGGUUUUAACGUCAGCAGAGAACUGCUUCGAAAUGGCGCUUCUAUGAUCGCGAUGAUAGAUAUUAGAGAGUCGGAUGGCAAGAAAGCAAUGGACAUGCUGAACGCCGAGUUUGGCCGCAAUCGCGUCAUCUUCUUUCACUGCGAUGUCACAAACAAUGUCGAAUUUGAUGAGACGUUCAAAGAAGCUGUAAAGACUCUUGGAGGCCUGGAAAUUUUGGUGAACAAUGCCAGUAUGAUUAAUGAAAAUGAUUUCGUGAAAGCCAUCGACGUGAACGUAACUGCGGUGAUACGCGGUACGCUUCUAGGAAUCCAACAAAUGCAAAAGGACGCUGGCGGAAAAGGGGGUGUUAUCGUGAACGUCUCGUCCGAGGCUGGUCUGAGUUCCGCAUCUCAUCUUCCAGUAUAUUCCACCACGAAACAUGCCGUAGUCAGCUUUAGUCGAUCUUUUUCGCAACCUUAUCAUUACCAGAGGACUGGCGUCAGGAUCGUAGUGUUGUGUCCUGAACUCACUGGGAAUCUAAUUAUGGAAAAUUUGGCAAACAACUGUCCGGAAAAUGAAACAAUAAAUAAAUUCUGCAGGAGAGUCGAUACUAUCGCACACGGAUUGGUCUACGUGGUCCGAUGCGCUCAAAACGGAAGUAUUUGGAUCAGUGAGGAUGGAAAACCUGUAUACGAAGUGCAAUUACCUGAUGUCCUACCACAGAAAGUAGACGAUCCUAUAAUGGCAGAAGACGAGCAUAAAAUAGAAAUAAAUUAAAUUGAUGAAUUUGUAAACAAUACUUUAGUGUAGUUAUUGCAUUGUUUAUAACUCUUUUAUAGUUGAAUGCAACUUCUAUGUACAUAGAUCUUA